AUAAGCACAAGGCGUUAGGCAAAAUCAUCAGCAGUUAAAUUAUUUUAAUAUUUAAAAAUUAUUAUUUUUAUAAUUAAAGUUUUUUAAACAAAACCAAUGAUGAAGGGUAUUUUGUCUGUGAUGAUAGUCUUAUACAUUAGCUAUCAGUGUAUGGCGGGUUCAGAUUGGGCUCAAUUUCGCGCCACUAUGAAGACCAGUGUGUGUCAGCCCGACAAAACUGAUAACACGCUGAUGGGCAAAAUUGUGGAGUGCAGGAAAAAACAUGUUCUCACCCAAGAGAAAGUUGUUGAGUGGGAGAAUAAGAUGAAGGAUACAUGGAAGGAGUGUGCAGAGGGUCGGGACAACGACUUGAGCGCUUACACCAAAGUGGACCUCAAGAAUGACACUAAUAAACGGCUUCUCUUUAUGUAUUGUAGCGAUGGUUACUCCACAUGUGUUGUCGACAAAAUCAAAAAGGCUAAAAAGGAGGGCGAGGAAGACUGUAAUAAAAAAAUGACCCAGGAGAAAAAGGAUGAAUUCCAGAAAUGUCUGACUGAUGCGAUCAAAGCCUAAAGCGCUGAUGCGGUC